AUGGUUUCCACCGAAGACUCUCCUUUAUUACCCAACUCGUCACCGCGGUCGGGUCGCCCGCCUCGUUCGGUGACGUUUAACCCGUUGACCACAAUCAGCACCUACGGCGGAACGGCGGCUACCGAUCCCACCUUUCGUCCAUUGCAGACCGGCUCUCCUCCAGUCCAGAAUAUCAAUGCACAGGGUGUCCAUCCUCGCCAUGGCCAGCCCAUGCUGUCGGCCUUGAACAGCAAGCUGCGUCGUCGAAACAGCCAUGGCGCUCCCUUCAACACUCCACCGAGUGCGUCGCCCACUGCUCCCAAGAUUGGACCGCAGCGGACCACCAAAAAGGCUCAGAAACUGAAGCUGCUGCCCGAUCCUGUCACGGCAGAAGAGGAAGAAAACGAUGGAGACUUCCCUCGAGACGUCUAUUCACAAAUCACCCGCAUCAAGGAGCCUGCAGCACGAAGUCAUGCGGCAAGACUGGGCAAAGCAGACCGCGAUCGCAUUCCUCGAGUUACAGCGUACUGCACUUCCGAUUCAUACCGACUUGAGGGGGUGAUCAAGUUCCUUAAGUCCCGGUCCAAAACUCGCGGAGCGAAUCCCAAGCUGUACGAUGAAUGUGUCUACUCUCCGUUUGACUACCAGUACGAAGAGAAGCAACAAGGCGCUCGGAUGUUCCCGAAUGCCGGAGGAAAUGGGCCCAUUGAGCGACGACCCAGUGAGCGGAGAUACUCAGACAGCGCAGUGGAGGUGGAAGACAACACCAAGUCCCGCAGGGAGGACUUGAUUGACUUCCGAGACGAAGCCGGGCAUGCUGCCGACGUCACUUCAGAACAUGCAGUAUCCGCAACACAAUCAGACGAACACUUCGACAUCGACACCACCAUCCAUAUUCCCGAGGUCUUCCUUUUCGAUUAUGGUACCGUUGUCAUAUGGGGUAUGACGCCUGCGCAAGAAUCGCGCUUUUUGUCCGACAUAUCGAAAUUUGCGUCUUCGAUAUUGAGUCCGGACGACACGCAAAUCGAGAAUUUCAACUUUUACUACGCGCGCGAAUACCAGGCUCGUAUAUACAACGAUUUCAUCUCGCUUCGCGACCCUCGCAACCACAUGAUCAAGCUUGCAAUCUCUCAUGCCCUGGCUCAAUCAGUCAAGACCUCCCUUUUUGAAGACCUCGUAUCUGAAACCAUCUCAGAUACUGCGCCAUUGCCUGCGCAGAUUGCGCAGACGGGUAGUGUCAACCUCACGCGACGACAAAUCAACAUGCAGAUCGGGGAGCUGUUCAUUCUACGGAUCAAUAUCCAUUUGCAGGGGUCUGUUCUUGAUAGUCCAGAACUUUUCUGGGCGGAGCCGCAGCUUGAGCCUGUCUAUCAAGCCGUGCGAAGCUACUUGGAAAUGGAUCAACGAGCCGGUCUGCUCACUGAGCGACUGGAUGUCAUUGCAGAUCUCCUUGCCGUGUUAAAGGACCAAUUGACACACCGCCACGGAGAAUAUCUUGAAUGGAUCGUCAUUGUCCUGAUCGCAGCGGAGAUUCUUGUUGCCGCCAUCAAUAUUGUUGUCGAUCUUUACGCCGGCGUUGAUUAG